AUGUUACUGUGGAAGCGUAUUGAUGAUGAAAUAACUAUUGACGCAAGUAGUAGUAAAGUUUUCACAAUACAAAGUCAGGAUGAAGACGAAAUACCAAUAAAGGAAUUUCAUGAAAAAGGACUUGUAUAUAGAGAUUCAAAAUUCUAG